UUAGUAUAUUUGGAUUAUCAUAUGUUGAUUAACAUGGAAGACUAUGGUUAAAGACUUUUGAAAGUGACAUUAAUUCGAUUUAAUAGCCCGUAAAAAGGUGUUUUAGACACAUCGUUCCAAUGUUGCGCUUGUAAACUACGGAGAAAGGCUGAAGACAUAACUAUGGAUUUGUUAAGGGUUUUCUGUGCGGUGGUAUUGCUCACUGCUGGGGACAGUCAGGACAGCCAACAAGCAAACAACAGAGUAUUUAGCAUGUCGUUAUCGGGAAGGUUCAAAAACUUCUAUAAAUCUAGUGACAUGUUAGCAAUGUUGCGAAACUUUGAGCACGAAGAUUGCCUCAGCAGGACGGACUUCCAGAAACACUUCGAAGGGAUGCAAGCGUUGCAAUUUUUCUAUGAUCAAUACAAAAUAGAUUUUCGAGAUAUUGUUCCUCGGGUUUUGUUUGAGGGAAGCGUGCGCAAAAAGGGCCUGGAGUUCAGGAGACUUCUAUGGCCCCACACCGCUAAACAUCAACUAGAUGCAGAGACGCAUGGUCUCCGGGUUCGUGGUUUCAACAACACCUAUGUGACGAUGGCGCAGUGGCGAGUUACGGUGUUAAAUGGUCGAUUUCGAUCUAAUGCUAAUUACACUGGGGUGCUGAAGAAGGGAGACUACGUUGCAGUUGGAGAAUAUUGUGUCAAAACGCCGGGUGGAUUCGCAGACAAAGUCAUGGUCAGGUUUAGCACCAAAGAACCAGUAACACCCCAAAAGAAUGGCAAAUCUAUUAUAAAAAUGAAAGUUACGGGAUCAGAGGUCAGAGACAUGAUGGUUAUCCACCUUGGGAAUGGCCACGCAGAAGAGACGCAACUCUGGAAAAAAGGGAAUGGCAAAAUUAUUGGAAGUACGACCAUCGUAUUUCCCUAAUUUCGCUCUUCAGUGUCACUGACGCUGUGGUUUGCCUAAAAAGAAUCCCCUCUUAUUGAAAUGAUAAACGAAGAACUUGGGAUAAUGGAACUGGGAUAAUACACCCCAACUAUUAUAAAAGAAUCAAAAAGUAAAGAAAAAAGAUCGAAAGUAAUAGCAGAGGCUUUAAAAAUCUUGCUAUAAAAUGGACUCUUUCUACUGUGGAUUAUAAUCGGGUAUUAAUAGAAUAAUUAGUUUUUUUUUCUUUUCCCUGGCGUCACUGGGUUUUAUUAUAUAUUAUGCCAUAUUUAACUUGAAAUGGUAUAUCAAGAACCGGUGGUAAUGUACCAGCAACUUUAAUAUAGUAUUAUUUGUCAUAUUUGUACCAGUAUCUGGUAAAUAAUUGAACAAGUGUAUUGAUUGAAUCCAACGGGUAGCUGUUUUUCUAUGAAUGCUAUUCUAUAAAUAAAACUUAUUCAUACAAAUGAUGACUCA